AGGCAAUGGAGGAUAGAUUACUCCAGAACCAGGAAACCAGGUUCAAGGAGAUUAUAGCUCAGUUCAGUCUUCUACCUGGAUACAGUGGGUCCAAGAACCCGGAGCAGGAUCUUGACCCGAGCUCUCUAGAAAAGAAUAUGCUUCAGCUCUCGGAGAAGAUUGAUUUUCUGAUGCGCGGGGAGAACGAGACUAAUAAGUUCAUGGAUAAGAUCCUGCCCUGCCUGAACCAGGUUGACGCUAUCUCGGAGAAGAUUGAACUACAGGAGAAGAAACUAGACAAUUUCCUGGAUCAACUAGAGGAAUCGAUGACUGUUGGAUUCGACGACGUGAAGAGUGUGAAGAAGCUGAUGAAGGACGUUGUGAAAGAUACGGAGAGUAUGAGGAAGGAUCUCCGGGAGAUGAGGGAUCAGGAGAAGUUCUCAAGGGAGCUCAUAAAGAGCAACAACAAAAAAUUGGAUGUUGUGGAACGACAAACCAGACCCAAACGGCGUCGAAGCUCCGGAUCGGAGAGCAGUGACGAAGAAGGACGGAAACGCUCCAGGUCCUCCAGUGAGUCUAGAUCUAAACGUCGAGGUUCCUGGCGUCGGGGUCGGUCCAGGGAUACCAGUAUAUCCAGCUUCAAGAAGAGUCGAGGGAAUGAUAUGGAGAAACUUUUGGUGCAAAUAAAUGAUUCUAUUGGAGUGCUAGCGGAUAAAGUUGAACAGACGAGUUCUCUAUCAGUUCUCCAGUCUACUGUAGUACCUCAGCUGUCCAGUGUCAGGGAUAUCCUGGAGAGAGGAGGACCUCUCCUUAGUUUCCCAACCGUAGCCAAGUGGGACGAGGACGCUUCUCCGUCUCCUCUUCGUAAACCUCCAGGAACUCCGUCCGGUAUCUCAGAGGUUUUAUCUAUCCCUCGCUCCACAGAUCGGUUCGCUAGGAAAACCAAGAAAAAGAGGAAACGAUCCAGCUCUAGUUCUAGUUCUAGCAGUGAGGAUGAGGAUAUGGAGAAAAAUAGUUUGGAGAAGAAUAUUGCUCUUAUCGGAACUAUGGUGAGUAAGGUUGAGUCUAGACUCAAGGAUAUGGGUAAAUCCUGGAAGAAAAACUCAGCCAAGGUUGAAGAAAUCACCUCCGCUACUCAGAAGCAUGUCGGAGACAUGGGUCGCGGAAUUCAACUCAUCGCAGAGAAUGUCGACUCAAUGAACGACAUUUCAAAGCGGUUAGAACGGAUCGAUGAUAUCAAGGAUGUACUUGAAGAUCUUGAGACGAUACCAAAGCAAUUAGGCGACCUGGAGCACAGGAUUGGCGGAGUGUACAACAAGAUCGAAGAUUCGUCCAAAGCGGUAUCGUCCAGGGUACGGGAUCUAGAAGGAUAUCUGGACGGAUCCCGGGGCAGGAAGGUUUCUACAGAUGAAUAUGGAGAUAUUACAGUUCUUCUUGGAAAGCUGGAAGAUGAUAAUUCCAAAAAGUUUUGUGAGUUCGGUGGACUCGUCGAAGCUGCAGAGGAGAAAAUCUUAAAGAAAUUGGAAAGGAUGGACGUUGGUGGAGGGGGAGGAAGGACGGGAGGCGAGGGGAUCAAGAACGAUAAAUUCAUCAGCACCCUGCUCGAGAUCAACGAAAAGCUGAUUGACUGCGUGAAGAAUGUUGACAGAGUUCAGAAGCACGAGGUUCUGCCAGGGUUAAAGAGUUUGAUUGCUCUAGGUGGGGUAGGAGCACCACUAACUACAUCUAGCGGGGACAGGAUUGAGAGUAGUGAGCUUGGAACUGGAUUGAGCGGACUCGCUGAUCCGAGGAUCGCUAGCGUUGUGCCGGAUCCAAGAUUAGGGAGCGGAGCAGUGGAUUCUCGAGCCGGAGCUGGAGUAUCAGAUCAUAGAUUAGUUGCUCUGACCGUCCAGCUGUCCCAGCUCCAACCCAGACUGGAUGACCUUUACACCAGGGUGAUGCCCAGCCUGGACGAGAUCAAGAUUAAGAUGAAGAAGGCGGAGGAGAAGGGUAAACUCUCCGCCCAGGAGGAUACCGAGCAUAUUCAGAAGAUUCUUGAUAUCGUUGAAGAUUUGAGGGAAGAAAAAAGGUUAAAGUUAGAUCAUGGGCUACCAGAUAUGGACGUAAAAUCCUUGCUGAUUAAUCACGGAGAAAAGUUGGAUGACAUUUACAAAUCAAUUCUAAGCCUUCCUCCGUCCUCGAGGACGGAUACUGAGACCUUGAGUAAGGUUGGGUUGGACGAGUUCUCCGGGAGCCUCAGCAAACUAUCCAAACUCUCCGAGAUCAACUCCAAGGUGCUGGACACCUUGAUGAAGAACAGUGACAGCGACGCCAAAACCAUCAGUAAUUUAAACACGUCCCUGCAGAGCAUGAAGGCCUCCGUCAACGGAGUAAACACGACGGCCAAGGAGCUGAAGGAAACCCUGCACGGGAUUGAGAGCAAAGUGACGGAUUUAGAAUCUUCAUCCGUUGCGGUCGAGACAAAACUUCAGACGGAGAUUAUCUCAAGUUUUGGAGUUCUCAAGGAUGAGAUUCGAGAUAUGAUGGAGAAAACUAGCUCUCCGCCCAACCCGGAACCAACCAAGAACAUUCAAAUCAGUAAAGUUAUGGAUCUAAUGGAGAAGUUAGUGUCUAAAGUAACCCACUUGGAGACUAAAUUGAACACGGAGAGUAGUAACAAAUUUAAACUGAAUAAGUCUGAUAAUAAAGCCUUAACGCAAAGUUCGGAGAAAGUUCGGGAAGAGCUGGAUAGUCUGGGAAAGGAGUUAAAGUCUCAGAUGGAUGAUGUUCACGACAUGGUUUCAGGUCUGGAAGAGAAGACUAUUGGGGCUCUGGUAGAGAUUAAGACUAGUUUAGGGACACAUGACAAGCAUACAGGCAUCUCGGUCAACAAGAUUGCUCUCCUAAUGCAGAACAUAUUUAGUCAUACUAAACAAAUAUCGGAAAAACUUCCGGAGAUAGAAUCCAAUUUGAAACUUCAGAACGGAGAUAGUCUCACCGCUUCUGGUCGGAUACUGGCCAAAUUAGAGGAAGUUUUAACAGAGUGCCGAUCUAGUCAACCCACCAGCUCCAGUAGCACUGAAACUCAUCAGAUACUUUCACUGGUGGAGAAUGUUGAAUUAUUAAACAAUAAACAGGACAAGCUGGGCAAGGUCCUGGGACGGGUUAAGUUUCUCCUCGAAUCGGAGGACGGAGAGAUGGAGAAACCCCAGAAGAAGAAGGUUGGAUUGAGUGUAAAGACGGAGAACGUUAGCGAGGGUUCAGGAGAUAUCGUCGAGUUGGAGAAAUCACUGAGCAGUUUCAGGAGCUCUGUUGAAGACGAACUGAAUAAUCAUAGUGAUCUACUCACAGAUAUCACUAAUCAGAUUCAGGAAAUAUCGGACAAAGUUGCCACGAGAGAAGGAAUGAAAUCCAUCGCAGAGGAAAUCCGCCACCGUAUGAACGACGUGUGUACCGGCAUGACCGACCUGGUCGGACUAGUGAAGGAUAUUCCGGACCAGUACACCGCCGGGUCCGCCCUCCUCGAAGAGAACCUCGCUGCAAGUAUCGUCGCUUCUCUGCGGGACGAAAAUCAGAAACAUUUUGACGGGAUCAACGACGCUUUAUUCGAGAUGGAGAACAAGCUGCACGGGAUUAAGAAACUAGUGAAGAAGGGAGGAGGAGGAGGAGGGGAGGACGGAGAUGAACUAGGUUGGAAGAAUGUGAUGGAGAGGAUUGAGUGUGUCAGUGGAAGAUUGGAGAGCGUUCAAGGUGUUCUGGAGAAUAGUCUAUCCCAGGAAGGGGAGGGAAGAGGGUUUGAUGUCGCUCUGGUUCUAACUGAAGUACGGAAGAGAGCUAAAAGUGAUGCCUUGGAUCGGCUGAGUCAGGAUAUGUUCAAAGCUAUUCAUAAUGUUCAAAGAAGACUUUUAGAAGAACAUAAACGACUUAUAAACCGAGUUAGUGAGGUUCAAACCCAUUCUCCAGAUCCGGGAACUAUUCAACUUUUACAAACUCUCAACAAGAUCCGAAUGCUGCAGUCUGAACUGGUCGUGAAGCAGGAUGAUGAAUUAACAUCUCAGGAGGAAACAAACAGGUUACUAACAGGACUUGUUGAUAACCUGGAGAAAACCCGCCAAGCCUUAAGAGAUGAAGGCGGAGGGCAGAUGGGCGGAAGAAUGGCGGAUUUAUGUGAAGAACUUGCCUCCGCCGUGGCUGGUUUGAUAACAGUUCAAAACAAACUCUCCCAGAAUACUAGUUUUGAAAGCUUGGAUACUUUACUCCGAGCAGCUGCAGGUCAUUUAAACCUGGAGAAGAGUAAACCUUCCAGGACGAGUAGUGUAGUCCGAGGGAAAAGACGAGCUGCAGGACAAGUCCGUCGAGGGGAUAGCAGUAGUCCGACCUCAGAUCCGAGCAGCCUUGACCUCCUGGACCCGGAGCAGGGUUGGGAGAAGAGGAUUGCUCCGAGGUCAGAGAUGAAGAGGAUGAGGACGGGUUCAGAGGAAAAGCUGGAGGAGGAGAUUACGGAAGUUUCCGACGAGGUUCUAAUUUCUCCGGUGGGGAAGAAAAUGUGAUACAAUUACAGAGCUUGUACAUUUACACUAUUACACAUAUACAUUUACAAUAUACAUGUACAUAUAUUAUACAUGUAGAAAAACCCCCGCAUAAUCAUGAUCAGGAUCACCAGAA